CUCUUUUAAUCACUUCUAAGUCUCCCUACCUUCAAAAAAUUAGUAGCUUACCCUUGAUCUCUUUUAUUGAGAUUGAAUCCAUAACAUCGACCACCCCCACCUCCCAACUUGUACCUGAUUGGCUUUCUAAAUUUGGCCAGCAUCAAGAGUUCUAAAUGAAUUAAAGAGAGAAGACCUGCUCCUGGUAUUGAUCGGUUGCUCUUGGUCCCUCUCCUCUUCAUCUUCAUGUCGAACAACUUGUGGUGGCUUCUUCCAAUUACUCUUUCCUUUUAAUUACUUGCCCUCUUUUUUAUGAUAAUGCAAUCUCAUCUGCAGGAAAACAGAGUGCCCAUAGUUCGUCAAUUAUCCACAAUGUGAAUUGAAAGGCAUUGGUACCGUUUGGGGAAUGGACUAUGAAGCAGCUGGAGAAUUCAUUAUUCAACGACGACAGUCAAUUAAUUGAACAUGCAACCCACUGAACAGUUACUUACAUCGAUGAGAUUGAGGGAUCGAUUGGAAUCGGUGAUGGUCGUGAAACUGAAACCUUGGAAUUCCCCUUCUCUUCCCCUACCUCGCUGAUUCUAUGAUAUCUUCGAUGAUUGUUGCCAAAACUGUUGGGUGGCUGUUGCCGUUUGGGGAGGAGGUUGCGUCAAAGUAAAGAGGCAUGGAACGGCAAAAAGAGUGGGGAGAAUGGGAUGUCGGCGCUUCGAGGUGGGGAGAACAAGACAUCGACGCUUCAAUGGGAUCAACGGAUGGGCAGAAGGAAUGGGGUAAAGGGGAUGAAAAUCGAAAUGAAUUGCUUCUUAGAUCUUGGUGUCUAGCUUUCUCCGCUUGCUUCUUCCACAUCCGAGAGAGUAUCACCUGAUUCCACCGGGAAGCGAAACAACUUGCGUAGCCGCCACCAGGCAGUCUACGCGGGGAGACCAAAGUAAGAAACAUUGAGAAAAAGGGUCGCAGAAGGCUUACGGUACACCCGACCACAGCCUACUGGACCCCUUAAGUAUGCUUGCGGCUUUAUUAUACUAACUAAUUAUAAUGUGAUCUCUCCUUGAUUCCAUAAAUUUUACAAAUAUUGUUAAAAUAAAUCGAGUUGAUAUUUGGAUCGCACCGGCGAAAUACAUAUUCAAACCAUUAACCUCCAUGAAUUGGAAGGAGGAAAGUAGUCAAAGUCGAUCAUAUGACAAUCCCUCACUGGUUUUUUCUAGCUUUACUCUGUUUUUUUUUUAUCAUAUUCACUGCACCUUCCAUUCGAUAGCUACCCUUUUACCUGCAACUACCAUGAAGCUUCUUCAACCCUUCGUUCCUAUUCUAACAUCCAGACGUCUUUUGACUGCCAACUUCGUUUCGUCUAUAGAACUCGUAAGCCGUCGCAACAAUCCAUAAAAAAACAGAGCAAGUAAUAAAAACAGAGUGGCGAAAGAGGAACAGAGGAUAUACAGAAAAGAAGAACAAAAAAAUGUGCAGCUUAGAGAAGAAAGGAAACAUCUACAUCCUCACUCUAACAGAUCCAGGGGAGCACCGUCUCAAUCCAGACCUAAUCGAUUCCAUCCGAUCCGCUCUAUCAACCCUCAAAUCCCACCCACCAUCCUCUCCACCUUCAAUUCUAAUCACUACCAACCACGGCAAGUUCUUCUCCAACGGAUUCGACCUCUCAUGGGCCCAAUCCUUCUCGCCGCGCCUCAAGCUCAUGUCUUCCAAAUUCCAAUUGCUCGUAUCCGACCUGAUCUCGCUCCCCAUGCCGACGAUCGCCGCCGUCACGGGCCACGCGGCGGCGGCCGGGAUGAUCCUGGCCUUGACCCACGACUACGUGGUGAUGAGGAAAGACAGAGGGUUUAUGUACAUGAGCGAGGUCGAUAUUGGGCUGGUGAUACCCCAAUGGUUCGUGGUCCUGUUGGAGAUUAAGAUUGGGCGCGGGAAGGUUCUACGGGAGGUUGUUAUGGGGGCCGAGAAGCUGACGGCGGAGAUGGCGGUGGAGAGAAGGAUCGUGGGUUCUGUGGGGGAAGGUGCGGAAGGGACUGUUGAUGCUGCGGUGGAGCUGGGAGAGCGGAUUUUGAAGCGGAGGUGGGAUGGUGGAGCUUUUGCGAAGAAUAGGAUGGUGGUUUUGAGGGAUGUUUUGAAGGCAAUUGAACAAGAACAGAGCAUGGAGGAGAAGGCAAGUCAGACUUCAUCGAGACUGUAAUCUAAUACCAAUGCAUUGAGUUACAUAACUUUGGAAUUUGAAGAUCAAAUGUGUGCUGAUUUGAUCGUGUUUCCACUGAGUGUGAUUGUAGUAAUUUGCCGUUAGAUUCCUCGUUGAAUGAAGUGUGAUACUAGUUUUCAGGCAGGAAACUGUACAAUAUGCAAGAGAGAAAAGGAUGACCUGCCAUAACCAAGAAAAUUGAGACUACCCAUCUUGAAAUAUACAUACACAAACAAUACAUAAUAGAUACAGAUCGAAACG